AUGAUUAUUGCUGAUCCACUCACAAAGACUAUCGUUUUUCUCGGUCUCCUGGCCUACACCCAUGCUGGUCUGCUAGGCGCUGGUCUUGUUGGUCGAGCUGCUUUUGCUCCUGCUGCUGUUGCUCCUGUUGCUGUUGCUCGCGCUGCUGUUGCUCCUAUCGCCGCUUUUGACGCAACUGGUGCUGUUGCUGCUGCUCAGGGUUUGGCUGCACGAGGCAUUCCCGUAGGACGAGCUGCUGCCUCCGUUACCCGUAUUAACCACGGUGGUGUAGGUUUGGGUCUUGGUGUUGGUGGCUAUGGACUAGGACUGGGAGGUGUUGGUGGUUAUGGACUAGGAUUGGGAGGUAUCGGAAUCGGCUAUGGUGUGGGAGGCGUCGGAUAUGGCUAUGGUCUCAGCGGACUGGGAUACGGCUAUGGUCUGGGAGGACUGGGAUUGGGAAAAGCACUACUGCACUAA